UGCUAUGAUACAGGUGGUAAAGGGUAUUUUUCAUAAUACUGUCAGAAGAUUAUUAAGAAGUUGACCAAAAAUGAAGGAUAUAGGAGUUAAAAUGUUCGCGAGAAUGACAUUUUACCCAACAUUAGUAUACAAUAUAUUUAUGGAGAAAGUAACGUCAAGAAAUUGGUAUGAUAGAAUUGACGAGACUGUUAUUUUGGGUGCAUUGCCUUUUCGAACUAUGUCAAAGCAGUUAGUUGAAAAAGAAAACUUGAAAGCGGUAGUUUCUAUGAAUGAGGAUUAUGAAUUAUUUUUACUAUCUAAUUCAGAAAAGGAAUGGAAGAAAUAUAAUGUCGAAUUUCUACAACUAUCAACAACAGAUAUUUUUGAAGCACCUUGUCAGAAAAAGUUAAAAAUGGGCGUAGACUUUAUAAAUUCAUUUCAAAGCACGAAUAAAAAAUUGAAUAAUGAUAAUCAUAAUAAUUGCAAAGAGCCAGGAACAGUUUAUGUCCAUUGCAAAGCAGGCAGAACACGUAGUGCAACACUCGUUGGAUGUUAUUUAAUGAUGAAACAUGGUUGGAUUCCUGAAGAAGCAGUGGAUUAUAUGAAAAGUAAAAGGCGACAUAUAUUACUUCACAGAGCCCAAUGGCAUUCAUUAAGACUUUUUUAUGAAACACACGUAAAAAAUCAACAACAAAGGUAAAAUGUAAAUUACAAAUAAUAUGCAAGGAGAUAAUUUAAUAAAACAUAGUAUUC